AUGGAAGAAUUGGAAGAAUUAAGAUUAAGAGUAAUAACAGCAUAUCCAAAUGUUGAAAAAGAUAUUGAGAUUCUAUUUAAUACAAAUGAUAUAUCAAAUGAAAAUUUAUUACCAUAUGAUAUUGUAGAAGCACUUUUAAGACAUUAUUUAUUACAACAAGGUUUUCAAGAUUAUAUUUUUACAUUCUUAAAUUCUAAUGGAAUGUUGGAUUUAAAGUAUAUAAGGAAUUAUUUACAUGAGAAUAAUAUGUUAGUAGUAAAUGAAGAAACAAUGUUAAAUAUAAAAGAAAUGAAAUUAUUAGCAAUAAUUUGGUUAAAAUUAUUAAGUGAUUCAUAUUUUUCAAAAACAUUUAAUCAACCAAAUUAUCUUACACAUAUGACAAAUAAUAAUACAAAUAAUAAUACAAAUAAUCAAUUUAUACAUAUUACUACUAAUACUCUAACUAAUAGUAAUGGUACUGAUGGAGUUGGUGGUACUGAGGGAACUAUGGGUACUAAUGGUACUAAUGGUACUAAUGGUACUGGUAUGGGUAAUGAUAUGGAAGAAGAAGAAGAAGAAAUAAUGAAAUAUAUGAAGAAUAUAAAAGAUGAAAUAGAAAAGAAUAAGAUGUGUGGUAUAAAAUGUUAUACAUAUCCAGCUUCAUUAAUACCAAAUGGUUCAUGUGCAUCAGCAGGUGCUAUAAUACCACAUCGUAGAUUAAAAAAUAAUAAACCAAUUAAAAAUAUUUUCACAUUAUUUGGUUGUUGUUAA